CCUGUCCUUUCCUAAACCAGAUCAGGAAAUUUCAAAAUCAAAUCUUUAUAUCUUCUCCUUCUUCUUCCCAAACCCAAUCUCCUGUCAUCAAUGGCGGCACGCUACAACUUCUACGAUUCACGUUCCUCCACAACUUCAUCUCAUUUCUCAGACCCAUCUUCCUCAACCGAGUUUAACCAGCCUUCAUUGACGCACAAAACUUCUUCUUCUUCUUCUUCUUCUUAUUCUUCGUCCCGGGCGCUUGUCAAGUCUAAUAAGCCGUGUGAUCUGUCGAGAACCAAGUCGGGGAAGGUUCAGACCAAUGGCGGAAACUUGACGAAAAUGGUGAAGAAGUUCAUUGACAUGAAGUCCAACUCGGGGAAGAAGAUGGAGUUGGUGAUACCGUGUGAUGUGGUGGCUGAGGACUUGAAGAAGACGGCGAGGAAAGGAGGGAAUCUGGGUGCUCUGCAGAGGAAAUUGUUUGGUAAAGGGUCUUCGUUGGAGAAGGAAAAGAAGGAUCAAGUGAAGGCAUUGACUGAGGUCAAAGGGAAUACCCGGACUUUGGCCAUGGUGUUGAGGAGUGAGAGGGAGCUUUUGAGCUUGAACAAGGAGAUGGAGACGGAGAUUACAGAGCUCAAGCUGUUGCUUGAAGAGAAAAAUGGAGAAGUGGAGAAGCUGAAAGAUUUAUGCUUGAAACAGAGGGAAGAAAUUAAAUCCCUCAAGAGUGCAAUUCUCUUCCCUGAUGUUCUGAAUUCUCAACUUCAUGAACUUUUGGAGAAACAAGGUUCAGAAUUGAAGCAAGCCAAACAAGUCAUUCCUACUCUGCAAAGACAGGUUACUUCUCUCACAGGACAGCUUCAAUGCUUAGCAGAAGAUCUUGCUGAGGUGAAGGCAGAUAAAUAUUCAUCAUCAAGGUCAGGUAACCAUCGAUAUGGAGGGUCUCCUCAAACGCCAACUUAUGAUCGAGAAGAGGCUACUAAUUCUUUGUUCAACUUCUGA